AAUUAUAUUGGCGUCGACGAGCAGAUUCAUCGUCGUCCGAUGUCGCGGACAUCCAGACGUGCAAAGGAAUAUCAUAAGUUCCGCCCUUCAAUAGCGAUACGUUCGAGAUUAGAUACUAGAAAAAAAAAAAAACUCGAACUAAGACUACAACGACUGUGAAGUAGCGGAGGAAUCGAUUCAGACGAUGGAAUAUCCGAGUCUCCAGUCGAUGGUGCGGAGCGAGGGUGUGUGCCCGGUAUGUUACACGGGAGUGAGCGACGCGCCGAAAUUCCAGUGUGAAAACGGUCACUCGUUGUGCCACCGUUGCAAGCCUCACUAUAACGUCUGUCCGACCUGCUGCUCGUCGACUCUCGAUUUCGUUCAGCCUCCGAAUCGUCGAGAAAUCAGCUCGCCGAGGCCGUUUCAUCCGAUGCCACAUCCACCCCGGGCACAUGCGGGAACGAUCUUCCCGAGCGCGCCUCACUUCGACCUGACGGAACGCGAGAGGGGAGCGUGCGGGGGACCACCGCCGCCCGAAUCGGACGGGACGCUCGUACCUUGCGGUAAUUCGAAUUACGGCUGCUGGGUCGCGGUUCCCGAGUACCUGAGGGAUACGCACGAGACCAGGUGUCAGUACAGGCCGUUCCUGGAAGAAGAAAGUCUUCCGACGGACAUCGUUGUUUCGGAAGGACUCGUCAAUUGCGCUCAUCGCGUAGUCGGAUGCAACGUCGCGAUGCCACCGUGGAGAAAAGCGAUUCACGAAGCGUCUUGCGUUUACAAAGAACGUUUCGAAGUCGUCGAACGAGGGGAGGAUACUUCGGACGAUUCGUACGACGGCGGAGACGAGGAUGAUCCGGAGGAGAUGGUCGAGUGUAAAUUGAAGAUCUACGGAUGUUCGGUGAAAAUGCCGAGGCGGCGUAAAAUCGUUCACGAGGAAAAAUGUAAUUACAACAAGUGUUACAGGGAAGAGGAUUUCGAGAUAGCCGCGGAAGAUGAGGCGCCCGAAGAUAAGAUGACGCCGGAAGACGGGGAUCCCGAAAGUCCGACCGACUGUCGUUGGGCCGAAUACGGAUGCCGGGUGAGGCCUAAAGCGUUUCGAAAGGAAACUCACGAGGAGAAAUGCAACUACAAAAUGGAGGAGUGUCGCUUCGCGGACAACGGAUGCGAAGAGUUGUUCACGAGGUCGAGAAAAUUCGCUCACGAACGCAAUUGCCAAUUCAGAGAUUCGGAUUGAUGAUUGAUGAUCGCGAACGGCGACUAGAUUUUUUCGUCGAUCGCACGUUGUACAUAUAGCGUUCGUACACGAUUAAAAAUAUGGAAAAAAAAAAA